GGGUUUUCUGGGCGGACCGGAAAGAGUCUAGAGAAGUCUCUGCACCAUGGCGGGUCCUGUCAGCUUGCGAGAGCUUCUAAUGGGAGCUUCAUCCUGGACCGGCUCUGAAAGUCCGGAGGGAACCCCUACAGAGGGCGGAGGGAGCGUGGCUGGUGGACCGGAGCCUCCUUGGCGAGAGGAUGAGAUCUGCGUGGUGGGAAUCUUCGGCAAGACCGCCCUGCGCCUGAAUUCCGAGAAGUUCUCACUAGUGAACACGGUUUGCGACCGACAGGUCUUUCCCCUCUUUCGCCACCAAGAUCCUGGGGACACAGGGCCUGGAAUCAAGACCGAGGCUGGAGCCGUCGGGGAGGCUGGUGGAGCCGGAGACGCUGGGGCGGGGACCGGGGAGUCGGUUCGGGGAGCUGUAGCGGGCGCUGAAGGUAACCGAACUGAGCCAGGCUCCCAGGACUACAGCCUUCUGCAGGCCUAUUACAAUCAGGAAAGCAAAGUUCUUUAUCUUCUUCUCACUUCCAUCUGUGACAAUUCGCAGCUUCUGCGGGCUUGUCGUGCCCUUCAGAGCGGGGAAGCUGGAGGUGGCCUCUCGUUACCUCAUGCAGAAGCCCACGAGUUCUGGAAGCAUCAGGAAAAACUGCAGUGUCUCAGUCUCCUUUACCUUUUCUCCGUCUGCCACAUCCUGCUUCUGGUCCAUCCCACUUGUUCCUUUGACAUCACUUAUGAUCGAGUAUUCAGAGCCCUGGAUGGACUGAGACAGAAAGUACUGCCCCUCCUGAAAACGGCCAUUAAGGAUUGCCCAGUUGGCAAAGACUGGAAGCUAAAUUGCCGACCUUGCCCGCCUAGACUCCUUUUCCUUUUUCAACUCAAUGGAGCCCUCAAGGUGGAACCCCCUCGGAGCCAAGACCCAGCUCAUCCAGACAAGCCCAAGAAGCAUUCUCCUAAAAGGAGACUGCAGCAUGCCCUGGAGGACCAGAUCUAUAGAAUCUUUAGGAAGAGUCGUGUCUUGACUAAUCAGAGUAUCAAUUGCCUCUUUACUGUGCCUGCCAACCAGGCUUUUGUGUACAUAGUUCCGGGAAGCCAAGAGGAGGACCCAGUAGGCAUGUUGCUGGACCAACUUAGGAGUCAUUGUACUGUCAAGGACCCAGAAUCUUUGCUGGUGCCUGCACCCCUUUCUGGGCCCAGGCGAUACCAGGUGAUGAGGCAACAUAGCCGACAACAGCUUUCUUUCCACAUUGACAGCAGCAGUUCCAGUUCUUCCGGGCAGCUAGUGGAUUUCACUCUUCGGGAAUUUCUGUGGCAGCAUGUGGAGCUAGUCCUAAGCAAGAAAGGUUUUGAUGACAGUGUGGGCAGGAACCCACAGCCUUCCCAUUUUGAACUUCCCACUUAUCAGAAGUGGAUCUCAGCAGCUUCAAAACUGUAUGAAGUAGCUAUUGAUGGGAAAGAGGAAGACCCAGGGUCUCCCACUGGGGAGCUAACAUCUAAGAUUUUAAGUAGUAUUAAAGUCUUGGAAGGAUUUUUGGAUAUUGACACCAAAUUCUCAGAAAACCGGUGCCAAAAAGCUUUACCCAUGGCCCAUAGUGCCUAUCAGUCAAAUUUGCCUCAUAAUUACACAAUGACUGUCCAUAAGAAUCAGCUUGCUCAGGCUCUUCGAGUGUACAGUCAACAUGCUAGGGGUCCAGCCUUUCACAAAUAUGCCAUGCAGUUACAUGAGGACUGCUACAAGUUUUGGAGCAAUGGCCAUCAGCUCUGUGAGGAGAGGAGUUUAACUGAUCAGCACUGUGUACAUAAAUUUCACUCCUUACCUAAAUCAGGAGAAAAACCAGAGGCCGAUAGAAAUCCUCCGGUGUUGUAUCACAAUAGCCGAGCUCGAUCUACUGGUGCCUGUAACUGUGGAAGGAAACAAGCACCUCGAGAUGAUCCCUUUGAUAUCAAGGCAGCUAACUAUGACUUCUAUCAGCUUCUGGAAGAAAAAUGUUGUGGAAAAUUGGAUCAUAUCAAUUUCCCAGUAUUUGAACCAAGUACUCCAGAUCCUGCUCCUGCCAAAAAUGAAUCUUCUCCUGCCCCUCCAGAUACAGAUGCUGAUAAACUUAAAGAAAAAGAACCUCAAACCCAAGGAGAGAGCACAAGUCUGAGUUUAGCUUUGAGUUUAGGCCAAUCCACAGAUAGUUUAGGUACCUAUCCAGCUGAUCCACAAGCAGGAGGAGAUAAUCCAGAAGUUCAUGGUCAAGGAGAAGUAAAAACUGAGAAGAGACCAAAUUUGGUUGAUAGACAGGCAUCUACAGUUGAGUAUCUCCCAGGCAUGCUGCAUUCAAAUUGCCCUAAAGGUCUCCUACCCAAAUUCUCCAGCUGGUCAUUGGUUAAAUUAGGCCCUGCUAAGUCUUAUAACUUUCAUACAGGUUUAGACCAACAGGGCUUCAUUCCAGGAACAAAUUAUCUUAUGCCUUGGGACAUUGUCAUCAGGACUAGAGCCGAAGAUGAAGGAGACUUAGACACAAAUUCUUGGCCUGCUCCAAAUAAAGCUAUUCCUGGAAAGAGAAGUGCAGUUGUAACAGGAAGAGGAAGACGGAGAGAUGACAUAGCUCGAGCAUUUGUGGGCUUUGAAUAUGAGGACUCUAGAGGCCGAAGGUUUAUGUGCUCAGGGCCUGACAAAGUAAUGAAAGUAAUGGGAAGUGGGCCAAAGGAGUCUGCUUUGAAAGCCCUGAAUAGUGAUAUGCCCUUAUAUAUUCUGUCAUCAUCUCAGGGUAGAGGGCUAAAACCACAUUAUGCUCAACUUAUGAGGCUUUUUGUUGUAGUUCCCGAUGCUCCUUUGCAGAUAAUACUAAUGCCCCAGGUUCAACCAGGCCCACCACCUUGUCCAGUAUUCUACCCAGAAAAACAAGAAAUCACUCUUCCACCAGAUGGCCUCUGGGUUUUGAGAUUUCCUUAUGCAUAUGUAACUGAGAGAGGACCUUGUUUCCCUCCUAAGGAAAACGUGCAGUUAAUGAGUUACAAGGUGCUCCGUGGAGUUCUUAAAGCAGUAACCCAAUGAGUGUUUUACAGCCAGUUCAAUCUUAAAGCUGGUGUUUGGUUUUGGUGUGUAUGGGUUUGUUUUUGUUUUGGUGUAUGUAUGCUGUGUUUUCUUGAAUCCAAAAUGUGCUUUGGUUACAGGAGUUCAGUAUUAGGACAGUAGUUGUUCCAUUAUUUCAUGAUAUUAUUGAUAUUUAUUGUAAAUGGGCCUACAGUUUGCUAAUAAACAUUGGUUCUUCUAGAAAAGGACAUAAAAUACCUGGUUGAUACCUGUAUUUUGUUUCUGUUUCACUGUCUAUGAUAAAACAUGUUUCUGUCAUAACUGAAUGUUCCAUAAUCAUGUUGAGCCAAAACUUUGUUUUGGUUAAAAUGAUAUUUUAGCUGGGAUUUUCCUUAAGAUGCCACUUCUGAAAUUAUCUUCAAAAUAAGAUCAUCCAGUGGAUUAUCUGGUAAUGGUAUGAGGAUGUAAUUGCAAAAAAAGCCCUAUUGUUUGGCUCACAAUUCUGGUACCUAAGUUAGACUGUUUUGUUCUUACUAUUUUAUUCCUGGACUAAUGAGAUAUCAUGUUUUAUUUUUUUAAUUUAAUUUUAUUUCAUUUUUUAAAUUUGAGAGAUACCAUAUUUUGAAUGAAUGCUAUCUGAACUAAAACUUUUUAAAAAUUGUUUUUAAAGAUUUUUUUUUUUUAAGAUUUUAUUUAUUGAUUCAUGAGAGACACAGAGAGAGAGGCAGAGACAUAGGCAGAGGGAGAAGCAGGUUCCCUACAGGGAGCCUGAUGUGGGACUCGAUCCCAGGACCCUGGGAUCAUGACCUGAGCCAUAGGCAGAUGCUCAACCCCUGAGCCACCUGGGUGCCCCUAUUUUUAAGUAAUCUCUAUACCGAACGUGGGACUCCAAUUCUGGAAAUUAACCUAUGUUCUUGCAUCCCAUCCUUAUUUUUCAUCCUUUUUAAUUUUUGAUUCCUUGUAUAUCAUUUUUUAACAAUCACAGUUAACUUUUUGUACUAAGCAUGGUUCUUAGUUUGUUUUAUCAAGUAUUGCACUGCAUUUGGAAAAUACAACUAGAUUGCUCUGUAGGACAUAUAUUAAUAGUUGAUUGUUUUUUUCCUUUUAAAAACUAACUUAUUUAUUUUAGGGUGGUAGGGGCAGAGGGAGCCUGAGAAGGAGAGCAGACUGUUUAGGGUUUUUUAAAAAGAUUUAUUUAUUUAUUUUAGGGAGAGGAGGAAGGGGCAGAGGGAGUCAGAGAGGAAGACAAGCUGACUCCUUGCUGAGCCCAGAGCUUGAUUUGGGGCUUGAUCUUAUGACCCUGAGAUUGUGUUCUGAGCUGAAACUAAGAGUAGACCACUGGCCACUUAACUGGCUGAGAUACUUAGGUACCCUUGUUUUGCUUUGUUAAUAGCCUAUAAGACUUGAAUAAGGGUUGUGGAAAUUUGUAGGUUAAAGGAACUGUAACAAAGUAGUUUGUAAGAACAGAUAAGGUGUUGAAAGAGAAAACUUGUGACUUUUUUUUGUUUUUUGAUGUCAUUCUUACAUGGAACAAUUUUACAUUCCUGCUAAAAAAAGAGAAAGUGAUUUUCCUUCAUUAUUUUUAUUGACAGAAGCCAUCCUAAUUUGAACUUCUGUAGUUUUCAAAUACAAAGUUUUAUGCUAUUUGUAUUUAUAGCCUGCUUAAAAGACAAUUGCAGAACUUCAUGUUUUUAUUCAUAAAUUGGUUUAUAGAGUGUUGCAUUGGAGAAAUAUGGACUAUACAAUUUGUAUUGCUUACUGCCUUUCACAUCAGUAAUAUAAACCUUAUUCAGCCAAUUUCAAAAGUGAUUUUAUUAAAGAAGUUAUAUUUGUUCUAUAGCAGCACUUGCAUUGUCUUUGCUUAGCAGAUGCUUCUCUUUUUGUUGAGAUAUAGGCAGAUGAUUCAAAAUGAUUUUUUUUAAAGAAUCACUAGGUCAGAAGGGACUUCACAGGAUAUCCUUUAGUCUGUUAAGUCUGUUGUAUCUAUGAAAAGUUGUAUAGAAUUUUAGGAAGUGAAUUAUAUCUUAUUCAAGGAGUGCUUAUUAUUUAAAGGACUAAUAUGAUAAAUCUUUCAUGUAAAUUACAUUAUUCUGAUUUUUUAAAAUGGCUUCACAUGUUGGUUUAAAGUCAUGUUGCCCUAUACUACUUAAACAGGGAAUCUGUAUCUUAGUAGAAAAACAAACAAACAAAAUCUUCCAAGAAACAGUUAAACAAAGAAUAUAGGAAAAUGGGGUUAGGAAAUACUGAUUCACAAAAAUAAUAGCUACCCUUUAUUGAAUAGCGUAGGAUAAUAAUAGCUAUUUCAUGAAUGUCCACUUGUUAUGUACUUUACUAAGCAUUUUGGAUACAUUGCCUCAAAUCUUCAAAACAUUUCAAGAUAAAUCUAUUUUGUAGAUCAAGAAAUUAAAGUUUCAAGUGGUUAAAUAAUUUGUCCAAGGUUGCAUAGAUAGGGAAUAGCAAAGUCGUAAUUUAAAUUGAGUACUCUGAUUUUAUUUUUUUUUUAAGAUUUAUUUAUUUAUUUAUGAGAGAGAGAGAGAGAGAGGCAGAGACACAGGGGAGGGAGAAGCAAGCUCCAUGCUGGGAGCCCGACGCUGGACUCGAUCUCAGGACUCCAGGAUCACGCCCUGGGCCAAAGGCAGGCGCCAAACCACUGAGCCACCCAGGGAUCCCCUAGUACUCUGAUUUUAAUUUUUAUUUAUUUAUGAUAGUCACACAGAGAGAGAGAGAGAGAGGGAGGCAGAGACACAGGCAGAGGGAGAAACAGGCUCCAUGCACCAGGAGCCUGAUGUGGGAUUCGAUCUCGGGUCUCCAGGAUCGCGCCCUGGGCCAAAGGCAGGCGCUAAACCGCUGCACCACCCAGGGAUCCCCUAGUACUCUGAUUUUAAAGCUGUACUCUUCCUAUGUCCUGCCUUCCUAAAAAAUAUAAAAUUGAAAAUUACAUGUCAGUUCCUUCAACUGCGUAUUUGACUCUGGUCUAAAACAUGUGAAUGGGUAAGUUUUUAAUGUCAGAAAAAUUGGGCAUGAUACCCCAAAAAGUAUUAGUUCUUUUAAGUCUUAGUUUCUUAAUUGUCUCCAAACUGUAUUGAAUCUUUAUAUUAUACCAUCUCUCAUUCCAGAUUUUCUCCUGUGUAAAAUAAUACUAUUGUAGAUUGAAGCCAAAAAAAAAAAGAUUCUUUUUGCUUAAGAAACCUGGACAAGUCAGGUGGCUCAGUCCGUUGAGCAUACAAACUCAGUUUUGGCUCAGGUCAUGAACUGAUGGGUUGUUAGGAUCCAGCCCCAGGUCAGGCUCUGUGGUUGUCAGGGAGAGUUGGCUUGAGGUUUUUUCCCUCUGUCCAUACCCUCUCCUACUCACUGUCUCUCUCAAAUAAAUAAAUCUUUAAAAAAAAAAAAGAAAAAGAAACCUGGAUAAUUUACUUAAUUCUUGAAUAUUAUUUUCUCUAAAAUGGCAAUGGUUAAGUAAAUAAAUGAAUGAAUAAAUUAAUAAAAUAGUAAUGAUAAUCGCUAUUUAUCACAAAGGGUGUUUGUAAGGAGUAAAGGAGUAUAUAUAGGGGCACCUGGGUGACUCAGUUGGUUAAGCAUUUGCCUUUGGCUCAGGUCAUAAUCCCAGGGUUCUAGGAUGGAGCCCCAUGUUGGGCUCCCUGCUUAGCAGAGAGCCUGCUUUUCCCUCUCCCUCCAACCUGCUGCUCCCUCCUGCUUGUGCUCUCUCUCUCUCUCUCUCUCUCUCUCUCUCUCUCACUAUCAAAUAAUUAAAACAUUUUUUAAAAAGUAUAUAUAUAA